CUAUACAACUGCAAGGGGACAGAAGAUAUGGCUGAAUACCAUUGGUGGUCUUAAUUAAAAACCCACGGCGAUGUAGUCAUCAUUCCAACAUUAUCGUAACAGCAAUUUAAGGGAUGGUCUAAAAAGCAACACUAACCUGCCAAAAAGAUACUUUUGGGGGCGUUUCGCUGCCUGUUUGGAUCGGGAUGGUCUCCAACUGUGAGGAGUGAUCAGCUUCAGAAAGCCAGUGUGUGUGUGUGCGUGUGUGUACACUACGGGGUAGCAACAGUAGGAUGAGCUGCCCAAGAGCCAUCACAGCCCGCGGGGACUGACACACACUGCAACAUAAACGUCGAUGCAGUCUUCCAGAGGCUCUCCCUCCCUUUGGCUGAGAAACCCGCAGCAGCAGCAGCAUGUCCCGCGUCUCCUCCACCGCCAAGCGCUACACUGGCCCAUCCUACAGCAGCCACUACAGCUCCUACGGCUCCUCCCUGACCCCAGGUCUUAGCUCCUACGAGCGGUCCUCCUACAAGUCCCCCACCUCCUCUUCCUCCAUCUCCUCCUCAGGUUACUCCUCUUCCUCCAGCUAUCUGAGCAGCUCGGCCGCCCGCAGCCGCAACUACAGCACCUCCUCAGAACCUGACCGGGGUCGCACCGUGCCGCGCACCGACAUCCUCGGGAGCAGCAGCCUCAGCAGCAGCCUCAGCAGCCGCCGGAGCGAGAGCCUCAGCAGAACCCCCAUCAAGAGCUACAGCGGGUCGGGUCUGAGCGGGGGGUCAGCGUACACCGGCUACAGCUCUUACUCUUCUUCCAGAGCCCAGUCCAGCUACCUCUCUUCACCGGCGGCCUCCAGCAUCUCACUCAGCCGACGGAAAUCUGUCUCCCAGAGUGACCUGAGCAGGGACCUGGCCUCUCUGGGCCUCAGUGAUGCCUCCUCCUCUUCCUCCAGCCCUUCUUCUUCAAGCAGUGCCCUGCGGAGCUACCGCAGUCGGGCCACCGAUGUGGCCAACUCGUAUGGCGCGAGCUCCCAUACCGGCUACUUGGCCCUGUCGCGGAGCUCUACUCAGGAGGCCCUCUCGCGGAGCUCCACCCAGGAGGCCUUCAGCAGCAGCAGCAGCAGCAGCAGCAGAGCAUACAGCUCUUCAACAUGGGAGCCGAGCGGCAACAGGGUGUCCGACUCCCCCACCAGGGACUCCACGAAUUCAAAGAGUGCCCAAGGCCUGGUGGGAUUAAAGAACCUAGGAAACACAUGUUUCAUGAACAGUAUCCUGCAGUGUCUCAGCAACACACACAGCCUGCGGGACUACUGCCUGCACAACUCGCACCGCAGAGACCUUAACAACAACAGCCGCACCAACACAGCCCUCAUGGAAGAAUUUGCCAAGCUGAUACAGACCAUGUGGACGUCGUCCAGCAGCGAGUCCGUCAGCCCAUCAGAAUUCAAAACGCAGAUCCAGAGAUAUGCUCCCAGAUUUGUGGGAUACAACCAACAGGAUGCCCAGGAGUUCCUGCGUUUCCUCCUGGACGGUCUGCACAACGAGGUCAACAGGGUCACGGUCAGGCCGAGAGGCUCUGUUGAGGACUUUGACCACCUGCCGGACGAAGAGAAAGGGAAGAAGAUGUGGAGCAAAUAUCUGGAGAGAGAAGACAGUAAGAUAGUCGACGUGUUUGUCGGGCAGCUGAAGAGCUCUCUAACCUGUAGCCACUGCGGGUUCUGCUCCACCGUCUUCGACCCCUUCUGGGAUCUCUCUCUACCUAUCAGCAAGAAGGGCUACGGUGAGGUGAGCCUGAUGGACUGCAUGCGGCUCUUCACCAAAGAAGACGUCCUGGACGGAGAUGAGAAGCCGACGUGCUACAGGUGUAAAGCCAGGAGAAGAUGUACUAAGAAGUUCACAAUACAGAAGUUCCCCAAGAUCUUAGUGCUGCACCUGAAACGCUUCUCUGAGGCCCGCAGAACCAGCAAACUGUCCACCUUUGUUAACUUCCCCAUGAAGGAUCUCGACCUGCGGGAGUUUGCCUCGGAAAACAGCAUCAAUGCAGUGUACAACCUGUACGCAGUGUCCAACCACUCAGGCACCACUAUGGGCGGCCACUACACAGCCUACUGUCGCAAUCCCAACUCGGGAGAAUGGUACACGUUCAAUGACUCCAGAGUAACGCCAAUGUCCUCCAGCCAAGUGCGCAGCAGCGACGCCUACGUCUUGUUUUACGAGCUGGCCUCCUCCUCGCGGAUGUGAAGCCUCCUGGAGGACGACGGGCCACAACACCUCUCUGACUGACGGACAGACUGAUGGGGAUAAUAAAGAGAGCUGGUGUCUGCCGAGCCUAUUUUGGACUUGUGUUGGGACAUAUAUCACACACACACACACACACACACACAAACACACACACACAGAUCCCCACUAGCCUGGAGGCCGCUUCUCUCCACACGGAGAGCCGGAGAGAGGAACACUCUGGAAACCACUGAUCCACCAGCCCUGCUUCUCUCUCACCGUCUCUGCUCUCGUAUUCUGGGUGGAGGUGUGUGUGUUUACCGUGUGUGUGUUUAUGUGUGUGAGUGAGUGUGCAAGGCUGACAAAGGGCAAUAAUCCCCUCCAAUCGACCUUCCGGUGAAUCUGUUCCUCUCUAUGCACUGAAACAUCCUGACCGCGCCUUCGCUUCUCUCUUCUCGUUUGCCUCGAACCAUUAAAACUCACUUUUUUUGACAUUUCUUUCUGCUUCGAAUUUUGUUUAAUGUUUUUUUGGGGGGAGGGGGGGGAGGCGGCAGCCCCCCCACUUUGGACUGUGGAGAGUGACAGUAAGAGGACUGCUCAUGGUUACAGGAGCCUGCAGCCGCCCCCCCCCCCGCUCCCCGGCCCGCUCACUGUUCACGGCCUUCCCUUCCCCAAGCACCACAACACUCCCAACGUCUCCGUCCGACAACCCCCCCCUCUCGCUCUUUCUCCUAUGGUGGCUGGGAGGCCGAGGGCACUGUGAGCGUGACAUGUUUCAGAGGACGACCCUCCAAACGUGUGUCUUAUUUCUUUUGUUUUGUCCCGUGUGGCUGCUACUGAUGUUUUGAAAGUGCUGUGAGCGGAUGAAUGGACAGAGGAGUACGGAUCUGCUAAGGAUUAAUAAUAUAGACGAUAACCACGCUAACAAUCCUCAUUGUCAGCAUGAGGUCUUUUCUUCCUCUCUUGUUUCAUGCCAUUGAACAACACGGAAAUAAUGUUUUAAAGAAGAAGAAGAAGAAGAAGAAAAACACUAUAUCUGUAUAUUUUUAUAUCCUGAUGCAAAAUAGAGAAUGUACUAUUCAAUGGUGCUGAAAAUGACCCAUAACUGUUUUCAGUUGGUUUAUUUCCCAGGUUUCAAGAGAGAAAAAAAUGAUUAUUUAUGCUUACAGGUGAUAAUGUGAUGAGUCACACUUUUUAACAGUAAUAUAUACUUAUAUAUAUAUAUAUGUAUUCCUAUAUAUAUAUAUAUAUAUAUAUAAAAAUAUAUAUAUGGAUGAAUAAAAGUUUUAAAAAGUG